CCGUAGCUGCCGUCGAGGCCCGUAAGGAGACAGCAGAGGCAGAACCUCAGCGGCUAGCCAAUGAAGCGGCAGCCGAAGCUCAGCGAACGACUGAGACUGACGCAGAGACACGAGACAGACGGAAUGCCAGCAGCACGGAGUCCUUGAUUGCUGUGAGCAUCAGUGGACGACGAUACUCCAAGACAUGAUCUUUGUGCCUACGGAAGCGCAGGCAGACCCGACACCGGCGGAGGCAGAGAGAAGUAACCUGGCUAACUUGCUGCUGGGCAUGAUGAGAGGUAUUAUGUGGAAUAAUACACUGCUGCAUUCACAUUUGCGCACAGACGCGACGCAGCGACAAACAUACAAGAACGAUAUGACUGCGUUAACAACUGCUAUCCGCACAGAGGCAACGCAGCAGCAGCAACAGCAUCAUCUGUUGAAUUCCACUAUCACACGCGUCAACAGCAUAGAGGCUAACGCCUCAGCAGCGCCAGGCUGCACGAUAGACGUGACGAAGCAACUCAACGAGCGCAUCGAUCACGUCGUCACCAUCAUCGGCGACAUAAGUACUUUCAACGGACAAGACUCGAUCAGCAGCACGGUGGCCGCCGCCAUCAAGACGGACAUCACCAAGCUACAGACGAGACCGGAAGCCGCUACAAAGACGUUCAAGAUGCCGCACUUCGACAUCAGCAAGUUCGACGAUUACAACAAGUCGGACGCCUUGUCAUGGUGGCAACGCUUCCUCACGGAAGCAUCAUGCCGCAUGGUCCCGRCGGACGACAUGUUGAAGGCACUAUAUCUGCAGCUGAUUGGAGGAGCGCAGGGAUGGAUGAACCACCUAGCGGCUACACGCAAGUGCACUAUCGCCGAACUCCACACGCACAUUACGUGGAAGGAGUUCGAGAAGCUAUGGUUCACCCGGUUCAUGGUCCGCAACGUCCUGAAGGCGGCCAUGAAUGAGGUGUACACAUGCUCUCAAGGGAACAUGCCAACUCGAGACUGGACAACGAAGUGGCAAAAGAUAGUGACCACACCAGGCUUSGACUUGACGUUUCCAAAUCAACGAUCCGAGUUCUUCUCGCGAUCGUGCGCGGGAUUGCGGUCGGCACUCGGUAACGAGUACGACUAUACCACAUUCCAGGCCAUUCUGGAUCGAGCRAACUUGGUCAUCCAAACGGACGACRAGGCCGCUAASGAGAGACAAUCCCARCCGCACUAUGUGGCUAAGCAGGCCUAUCAACGUCCGACACAUAACAAUGUCGUGUUUUCUGAGGAAAUCGACGACCACCACGCUGCAGCAGCAUCCUCGAGUGAUGGAGGAAUUGUCGCAGCGCUCCCGCCGAAGCAUCCGAAGAGAGUUCGCAAGAACAAGGCGACACAAGAGACGGCAGCGACGGGAGCUGGGCAGCAGCCAUGGACGGCUUAUAAGAUCACCAAGGAGGUCUAUGACCUACGUCAGAAGUACGCAUACUGCCUAUGGUGCAACAGUGAACUUGACCCGCUCACGAGAGAGGAUUUCGCUUGGAUACCUCUACCCUCGACCGGAACAUUGCCAAGGCCGCAUUGCAACGCCUUGAUGGCAAAUCUACGCUCCUACUUGCACACUACAGUACCAGCUCCGUUGACGGACGACGGGGUAGCGGUUGCCGAUCUCCGCUCCUAUCUUGCGAAGAUCGACCGCGAGCACGCCACCCAAAGGUACGCCGAAACCGACGCACCUUUGCUCUAUAUCCGCAUUCAAAUCGGAAAGGCAACCUGUAGUGCCUUGAUUGAUUGCGGAGCGUCUCGCAACUUCAUGAGUCAAGCCUUUAUGGCCCGCGCAGGUCUUGGCCYDCGCGUUCGAAGAAAGACGCAACCUACGCAAGUUACACUCGCGGACGGCCGCACGCAAAAGUCAAUUGAUCGAUGCGUUGACGGUGUUCCGGUCUACUUUGCGCCACUUGCGUGCAAGCCGGUGUCUUUUGACAUCCUCGACGCCAAGUUCGACAUGAUUCUAGGCAUGUCUUGGUUGCGUAGCGCCGAUCAUCCGGUGAACUUCCAUGACCGAACCGUUCACAUCCGUGAUCGGAACGGAGUGUUAGUCCCAUGUACGGUCGCGACCCCUCACACUUCGAUUGCUUGUCACGUGGUUUCCGUUGCGCAGAUUCGCGACGCCAUUGCUCGGAAUGACGUCGAGGACAUGGGCCUUGUAUUCUUCCAUGCUCUUCCCUCGCCGGACGGACCAGCUGCGUCACCGCCGGACCCACGMAUUUCUCACCUCUUGGACGAGUAUAGAGACUUCUUCGAGGCUCCCACCGGAACGGUUCCGGAUCGGCCCAUACGUCACGGGAUCACUCUCGAGGUUGGCGCCGUCCCUCCGCGUGGAUGUAUCUACCGCAUGAGCGAAGAGGAACUCGAGGUGCUUCGCGCACAACUCGAUGAUCUUCUCAACAAGGGUUGGAUUCGCCCUAGUUGCUCGCCAUACGGAGCACCUGUUCUCUUCGUCCGGAAGAAGAACAAAGAUCUACGGUUAUGCAUCGACUAUCGGAAACUUAACGCACAAACCGUAAAGAACGCCGGCCCUCUCCUUCGGAUUGAUGAUCUCCUUGAGCGGUUAGGCGGCGCGACAUACUUCUCGAAGUUGGAUUUGAAGUCAGGUUACCACCAGAUUGAAAUCCAGCCUCAAGACCGGUACAAGACCGCGUUCAAGACGAGGUAUGGGCAUUUUGAGUGGGUUGUCAUGCCAUUUGGCCUCACCAAUGCCCCCGCAACGUUUCAAGCAGCGAUGACGACUGAGUUUCGCGACUUGCUCGAUCGCAGCGUGAUUGCCGUCAGGUUCAUCAAGUUUGUACAGAUGAUUGGUGUUAGAUUUAUCAAGUGUAAACGUUGAGUAUGCGCUCAGCCAGUUACUCCCAUGAACUGUUGAAAUAUGAACUAGAAUAGGUAAUAACAAAUAGAGUAUUUGAUA